UGUUAACAUUGAUGUUUGGAAGGAAAUACAUUUAUACAUAAACUAUCAAUAAAGUUUUAAUAAAAGGGGAUUGAUACAAAAUAAUUCAAGAUGAGUAAUUCGUCAUUCAGUGAGAAGGAUUUGCUACAUCAGCAGCUCCAAGGUCAACACAAGCCAGUAGAAAUCCUGCUUCUAAAAUAGUUACCAGUGAGGUGAGCCAGACAGCUGACGUUUAAUUCUGUUUAGAGGAUUAUCACUGGGCACAAACACUCCGUCACAGAUGAUGGACAAGGCGAUAGCUGUUACCUGCUUCUCUAUGGCCGUGAUCAUAGUUGGGCUCAACGGCUUGGUCAUAAUAACCCUCAGCCGACAGAAGGAAAAUAAUCGCUUACACUUUUUCAUACGUCAUCUUGCCAUUGCAGACUUACUUGUUGGGUUAAUUGCUGUUACUGGCGAUGCAGUAAAUAUUGGCAUUCUGCACGCGGAAUGGCUGGCCGGCGACGUCAUGUGCCGCUUGCAUCGGUAUGCUUGCUACGUCAUUCUUAUUGUCUCCAACAAUCUGCUCAUUGGGAUGAGUUUUGAUCGCUUCCUUGCUGUGAAGUAUCCGUUAAGAAAGAUCACGGGAGGUUAUAUGCCAUACAGAACAAUUAUCAUAGGUUGCUGGGUUAUCGGAUUAGCCUUACCUUCAUGGUUAAUACCAUUCUUUGGGACAGAGUAUAAUAAAAAGUACUCGAAAAUGUUUUGCGAAGUUAACUUAAAAACAGACGGUCAAUGGCAGGCGUAUGUUUGGAGCACACUUACUGGGGUUUUCUUUCUCCCUCUUGUUGCUAUUUCCUUCUGCUACAUUGGCAUCUCCAUUGUCAUCUGGCAGCACUGGAAGGAUGGACAGAGGCUAACAGAAGUAAAGGACAAGUCUCAAACACAAGGGAUGUUACAGAGUGCACGACCGAAAAUGUCAGGGUUGCUUCCAAAAGCCAAAGUAAAGUCUAUAAAAAUGACCCUAAUCGUUUGCUUUGUAUUCUUUGUUUGUUGGCUACCAGCGACAGUGAUCUAUCUACUUGACGUCCAUCGAAUAAACACACUAGACGCCACGGUUAAACGAAUGUUACAGAGGCUGUAUCCACUCAACAGUCUUGGUAACCCUCUCAUCUUCAUCAUGUUCAAUACGAAACUAUUCACGUGGCGUAAAAACAACUCUCACGCGCGAGAUUACGACAGCAUGGCCACAGAGAUGACGACAACCUGAGUUAGCGGAGAUAUUGCGUUGCAUAUUGACGUCAUAUAGGCGUCUGAGAUACGCAGUUGUGUAAUUUAUUGAAAACACAACACCAUAAUAGGAGCAUUCAUUUGCCGGGUUAGUUUGUUAGAAAUAUUUCGCUUAGUUCCAAGAUUAUGUUUAUAAAAUGUGUCUUGAAAAUCGGUCUGUAGAGCAUAAUGCUUAUUUAUUCACAUAUUUUCUGCGCAUACAUGUACAUAUGUUCGAAAGAGUUUAAAUGUCUUAUUUAUUCCAUGGAACUGAUUUAGAACGUAAACAGGUAGUUGUGCAUGCUGCACUAUUACACGAAUGCGAAACAGUGGCUCCAGCUCUAUUAGUAGUUGUAUAUAAACAAAGCAUAUUUAUAUGGCACUGCAUUCUCCGAUUUCUCAAAUAAACCCUCAUAAUUGUGAUAUUAGAUAGAAUAACGAGUCAUUCUUACGUUUUAUGAUCAUUUCCGUUCUUUUGCUCUAGCUCGGAAGUGUCAUUGGCUCUUUUUUAUAUACAGCUCCUAAAAGAGCUGGAGCCACUGUUUCGCACUCGUGUAUUAAUUAGUGAAUUGUUUAUAUCAUGUUAAGGAGAUGUCUUGUCUGUUAUUUAUUUUGCAUAUUAAAAGGAAUUUAUAUUUAACCUUUGUUUUAUCAAUAUGUAUAUUUGAG